AUGGCACCUGCCCGAAUCGUGGUUUUAGGAGACCGAGUAAGGUUUAAAAAAUCAGAUUCCGCCGUCAUCCUCGUUCCUCUAUUCUUCAACCUCAAAUCUCAAUUCCUCAUCCCUUCUUCAUCCUCAAUUUCUCAUCCCAUAGUCAUCCUUAAUUCCCCAUCCCGUCGUCAUCCUCAAUUUCGUCUCUCGGAGGCUCGGAGCUCAAGUCUCAGUUCAAAUCAAGGUUCAUGUCCAAGCAUUGGUAUGGAGCAAAUGAAUGAAGUUGAUAUGGAAGAAAAUCCAGAUGUGAUGAGUGAGGAAGAGCUUGCAAUUAUAGAUGAAGACAAAGAGCAGACCUACCCGGAAGGUGAAGGUGGAGAUAAACCGUUUGAGAAAAAGAAACGAGGAAAGACGUCAACGGUGUGGGAUAAUAUGGAAGUCGUAACGCUGGAGAAUGGAACAAAAAAGGUGAAAUGCUUGCACUGUAAGUCAUUGUUUGCAAAGAGUGGAAUUGGAACUACAACUCAGUACAAGCGUCAUCUAGCAUCAUGUCUACAAAGGCAAUUGAACUCCGAAUUUCAAAACAAGAUGACGCAACACGAUGAAAUGGAUGUUUCUGAAUCAUCAACAUAUCAUGAAGUUGAACUUCCUCAGGCUUGA